AGUCAACACUGUAUUGUACCUUCCGCGCCACCGUAGUCUGUUGUGUACGCAUGUGUUUUGUUUUACCAUUGAUUAAGUUCACAAAAACAUAAUUUUAAAAUAUGUCCGAAAAGGGAGAGGUGGAUUUGACUGGUGCAAAACAGAACACGGGCGUAUGGCUCGUCAAGGUUCCGAAAUAUCUCUCUCAGCAAUGGACGAAAGCGACGGGAAGAGGCGAAGUUGGGAAACUCCGAAUCUGCAAGAAAGGAAACCAAGGAAAAGCUGAGGUGAGUUUCACUCUAAAUGAAGAACUGACGGUGAUCGAAGGUAUUGAAGCCAAGACUGUGUCUGCACCUCGUGACCAUCCAUUUACCAUGCAGUCAGUGGGAGGCCAGACUUUAGCAGUCUUCACUGAGACGUCAUCUGGCCAGUCAGAAGAAAGGUCUGAUGGCAGCAGCUCAGGUGCGGGGGCGGGGGCAGGUCCAGAUAAAAUAGCUGUCGAGGGAUUGGUGGUACAGAGAGCAGAAUGCAGACCUGCUGUCAAUGAAAACUACAUGAAGUUAAAGAGGUUACAAAUAGAGGAGUCCUGUAAGCCGGCCAGGUUAUCACAGCAACUGGACAGAGCCGUCACCAGCAACUACAAACCUGUGGCCAACCACACUUACAAUCUGGAGUAUGAGCGCAAAAAGAAGGAAGAGGGCAAGAGAGCACGCGCUGACAAACAGCAGGUGUUGGACAUGUUGUUUUCUGCAUUUGAGAAGCAUCAGUAUUACAACAUUAAAGACCUCGUGGACAUCACCAAACAGCCUGUGAGUUACUUGAAGGAAAUCUUGCGCGAUAUUGCCAUCUACAACGUGAAGGGAACACACAAAAACACCUGGGAGCUCAAGCCAGAGUAUCGACACUAUCACGGCGAGGAAAAAACUGAUGAGUAGUUUCUGCAGCCCAUUAGCCAUCUUUAUUUUAAUGGAGUUCCUUCUACAUCAGUCCUUGGAAUUCUUUUAACUUCCUUGCAUAUAAUCUGUUUACGUCACGGCAGGUUGUUGUUAGUUAGUGACACCUUAAUACUCAAGUGUGUCAUUACUUCCUGAUUGGCUCAAUGUGCUGUUAGGAAGCCCUCAAAUGUAAAAGCUAGUGUAAAUGGAACUUUGUGUAAUUUAGCAAAAUACAUUUAUAACUUUUCUCACUGGAUUUUACCUAAAAUAAUUUAAAUAUCAGGUAGUGUAGUGUUUAUGUAAAAAUAGAUUGUUUUUUAGUACUCUUAAAUGCAUUUUCUAUUGUCAGUAAAUUCCUAAUGUUAAAUGUUUUACUUUAAGUGUUUAAUAAAGGUUUGGUAUUUCUCUUCCCCACUUACCCGAAUUCCAUGUACACCUGGGUGUAACAUGGGAUAUGUCAAAUGUGAAUAAAGUACAGUGUGAAUUGAA